GGUGGCUGGCGCUGGGGCAGAGCGUCUUAGCGGUAUUACUUCGUCGUCUGGCGCGUGGAUAGAGGCUUGAGCUAGCCGGUUGUCCGGGUUGAACCUGCUCCCUGUCCUGUUCAUUCCAGCGGUCCCUAUUACUCUCAACCGUCGAGUUGUCAUGGAGGUGCAGAAGGAGGCACAACGAAUCAUGACCCUGUCUGUUUGGAAGAUGUACCAUUCGCGCAUGCAGCGCGGUGGCCUGCGGCUGCACCGGAGUCUGCAGCUGUCGCUGGUCAUGCGCAGCGCUCGGGAGCUCUACCUCUCAGCCAAGGUGGAGGCCCACGAGCCGGAGGCAUCCUUUCAGUCAGCCCACUCCUCUGACCCUCGCCUGAACCCGCCGCGGGAAGAGGGAGCCGGAGCCGGAGCCGAGGCAGCUCCCCUGGACGGUGAGCAGCCUUCCCCGGAGCCCAUGGACACGGAGGAGGCGCCAAGAGCUGAGGAGGCUUCUGCCUGUGGUGCCCCGCGCCCCGCCAAAGGAAACCGCAAGCGGCGGAGCAGCAGCCUUAAUGACGGAGGGGACGUCGGACUGGUCCCAAACAAGAAAGCCCGUCUGGAAGAAAAGGAGGAGAAGGAGGGGGCGUCAUCGGAGGUCCCUGAUAGCUUGCAGCCCUCUUCAGCCCAAGCCGAGGGCGCCUUUCCUAACCUGGCUCGGGUCCUACAGAGGCGCUUCUCCGACCUCCUGAACUGCAACCCAGGAGCCCCACCGACGGCGCCGCCCGCCUGCGAGGCAAAGACAGCCUGCCGCCCGGCGGACAAUAUGCUGAACGUACUCGUGAGGGCCGUGGUGGCCUUCUGAAGAUCCCGAGCAGCGCAACCAGAGCCCAGAGCGCGGGUAGAACCUUUGGCCCAAGUGCGCAGACCCGAGGCGAGCCCAGGCUCCCUCGGGGGAGCGCCCGCGGAAACCGUGGAGAGAAGCCGUCGCCGCUGCGGGGCUGUUGAGAGCCCCGGAGAGGAACUUUGUCCCCCAGGGAGCCUUAUGUGUACAGCAACGGCAACGAGGAGCCUGAGCUACGGGCGCUGCUGCUGCCUUCCACUGAGACCUGCCGCGCCCACAGGUGCUGUCUUAACGGACUGGGGCGUGAACCUUUCCCUCUCCUUCUCGACUGGGAAAGGAGAGCCUUGGUUCUUUAAUCUCAGGGUCGGACUUGAUUUUUUACUAGGGGCUGUGUUGCUCCUUCAGGGGUUGUCAAUAGUUGGUGAUUGCGUUUCCAACCUCGGAGAAUUCCAGGCACUCCCUUCCCCUUCCACUGACAUGCUUGUGCAAGCGGUUAUCGUUGCGUCAUGGGGCAGACGUGGGGAACUUCCUGCUGCCUUGAGUGGGUGUGGGGCCUGGGAGGAGGUUCUGGGGUGUGAGCCUACCCUGGGUGUGGGAGGAGAGUGGCCCCAGUCACUUCGCCCGGGUAUGCUGCUGGUUAGUUGCCUUGCGCUCCUGAGCCUUCGGGUGGGGGCAGUGGGGUUUGAUUUCAAUUUUUUCUCGUCUGGUGCGUUAGAGGUGGCCAGUGUGUUCCCAGUCUCAAGUGUAACCUUCCCUCAGACAAAGGGAUGCAGUCAACCCGGACGUCCCGUUCUGAAUCAGGAAAAUAUGGAGGGUGGUAGAGGAUGGCGGUAUUCAAAGCACUGUAAGGAUAAUAAGCUGGGACCAGUUAGUGGUGAAGACUGGGCCAGUUUUGGGAGGGGGUGAAUUCUUGCCACAGAGUUUCUGAGGAUCUGUUUACUUUUCUCGUGGUGAAUUCUUUUAACUCCGUCUACCUGGAGUUUUUGUUAGACAUAUCAGAUAGGAAAAUAAAGGCCAUUUGAGUAAAAA